AUGAAAUGGAGCGUGGCCAUCGGCUGGACCCUCAUUCUCCUGGCUGCCUUCUUCUUUGAGGACGCCAACUCCAAAGGCGGGCGAGGCGGAGCCCGAGGGGCUGCCCGGGGCAGCGCCCGGGGAAGCACGCGGCGGUCCAAGUCUUCUACCCGCUACAGCUCCUCUGGGGGGUCGCUGCGGCUGGCGGCCGCGGCGGCAGGGGGGGCUGCGGCAGGGGGGGCGGCUGCCGCGGCUGCCAGGAUGAGGUCAGCUGGAGAGGGUGGCCCGGACCACGUGGAGCUCUACUCUGGCAACGGCACAGGGGAGGGCAGCUACAACUACCGGGCGUGGACGUCCGGAGCCCAGCCCUGGCCCUUGGCCCACCUGCCGGCUUUCCUGCUCUGCCUCGCCGGCUUCUUCUCUCUCUGAGGGCUCCGGCGGCUGCUGCCAAGGCCGCGUCCGUCCCGUCCUGCCCACCUCUUCUGCCUUUGCCCCACAUGUGCCCUGAGCUUUCCGUUGCUCCUUCUCCUGACUUGUGGCUGGGGCCUGGAGGCAGGUGGGCACUGACCCGCCCUUCAGAGAAGGCUGCCACCACCACGAGACUGGGGCGUCUCCACAGUCGGCCAAGAGAGGCUCCGUUAUGUCUGCACCUCACUUCCCUUGGCGCAGGUGAGAGCCAGGCUUCAAUGCUGGAAGGCCUCGGCCAGGCUCUGUGGGCUGUUGUGUGGAAGCACCCGCCAUACACCGCUCUCUCUGAAGGAAGCGGCCUCAGAAGACCAGCACCAGGUGGAAGCCGCGUCAGUGGCUGUCACGAGCUACCCUGAGCCAGGUUCCUGCACUGUGCCCCCCACGACAGGUGCUCACGCCAAGGCCUUCCCGCCCUCUUCCCAUCACUGCCAGACUCCACAGACGUCGAUCGGUUUGGUGCUUUAUAACAGAGAUGGGAAUCCAGGUCACCGUGCCACCCCCGGCCUUUGCCCCGAGUCCAUGAUAACCGCU